AUGGUCGAGGGAGCUCCUGCACACGGCAAAGUAGCACAUCUGCUACCCUUGACGUAUAAGCGGUACGUUGCGGACUGGCUUGAAGAGGACACUCCAAGCUUCGACUAUGGAGGUUUUGUAGUUGGAGAAGAGCAAUCGGAGGCCAAACUUCUGGGCAAGAGCGAGGUGAGAUCUCAGUUUCCACGAGUUCGCAACCUUCUCCUCGGCGAGCGAGUAGCGCUCAAUACACUUGCCCGCUGUUCAGGAAUUGCAACAAAGUCCAACCGCCUUCUCACUCUCUUACGGAAAGCGGGCUACCAGAAUAUUCUCGCCGGAACUCGCAAGACUACGCCGGGGUUUCGACUAGUAGAGAAGUACGGCAUGCUUGUCGGCGGUGUCGAUGCUCACCGAGUCGAUCUGUCUCACAUGACGAUGCUGAAGGACAACCACAUCGUCGCCGCCGGAAGCAUCACUAACGCCGUCCGGGCCGCGAAGUCAGCUGGUGGCUUUGCUACCAAGGUUGAAGUGGAGUGCCAGAGCUUCGAGGAGGCUGACGAAGCAAUCGCCGCUGGCGCUGACAUCGUCAUGUUGGACAACUUCACGCCAGACGGUGUCAAGGUUGCGGCUGCACAGUUGAAGGAGAAGUGGGGAAGAGGCACAGGGGACAGGAACACAUUUUUGGUCGAGGUCAGUGGAGGUCUGACAGAGUACAACGUUGAGAAGUAUGUCUGUGGAGACAUCGACAUUGUGAGCACGAGCAGCAUACACCAGGAGAGCCUCCACAUACAGGAACGACAGUCUCCCACUUCAUCAACACUAUCCUUUCAGAUCAGUGAUGAUCGCUUGUUGGAGCUGUAUUACGAAUACUUCUGGCCUGCCUUCCCGAUUGUCCUUCCCCUGGAGUUCUUCCAGUCAUACAGAAUGCUUGCGAAUCACGCGCUAGGUGAUCUGCUGCUAGUUCUUGAGUGGAUCGGGUCUCUCUAUGCAUCAUGGUGCCCAUCAGAGACGUACUACCAAGCAGCACUAGAAGCCAUGAGCUCGGCAUCGUUGGCACGAACGCCAUUCACAGUUCAAGCUCUGAUGCUCUUCGCGAUCGCUCAGCAUCACCAAGAUAUGCGACCAGAGUCGCGAAAGAUACUGGAUUUGGCAAUCUUGAUUGCACUGGAGCUCGAUAUGAACAAACGAGAUUUUGCCCGUCUAUGGGGCGAAGGGAAUCCGGUAUUGGAAGAGGCAUGGAGAAGAACUUGGUACAUGCUGUCAAUCACCGAUCAACACUUUGCCAUAGUGAUGAACUCACCUAUAUACCAACUUGCCAAUAUGCCGAUUAGUGUUGAUCUACCUUGCGAUGACGAGUUUUACGAAGCCGGGCAAAUACCAACUCCAGCGACUUAUCAGGAGAUGGAGAAUCGAGAGCUUGCAGAUAUUGAAGUGGUAUAUUCUUCCAUUGCAUAUCUUCAUGACAUGUGCAGGACUGUCGCUUAUGUGAUGAAUAUGUUUGCCACCUCUUCACAGUUCAGCAGAGAGCUUAUUGAUACCAUGGAUGCGAAGAUAGCUAUCUGGCACUCGCUGCUUCCCUCCGUCAAGAGAGACCCAAUGCGAAAGGACGGAACAGUUGACGAAGUUAUCUAUACGGCUCACAUGAUCGGAGCAAUUGUAUUGAUGACAAUGCACCGGCCCUUCUCCUCUUUGAUAUACAAUAAAGCGGAGCUCUCCACAACAGCCUUCUCGGCACCGGCACCAUUCUCGAUACCGCCUGCAACCGGACGAAGCGCACAUACAGCACGUGCACUCAGAGUAGCAGAGAUUCAGACGAAACUCCUCGCAAUCCCAUGUACCAUCGAGAAGCACAGCGUCUUCAGCAUGUGCAUAUGCGCACAGAUCGCCACCGCGCAGAUCUCAGCUUGCAACAAUCUACUCGAAGACCAUGCCUUGUCCAUAGCUCGUGAUCGUGUCAAGCUGAGUAUCGGCUUUCUGAAUGCCAUGGGAUCAAUAUGGGCCCUAGGCAAGGCCAUGGCGAAGGAUGUACGUGCCGUUGCUCGAUCGACGUUAGCUAUGCCGUCAAGUACCGUCACCGUGGAGCCCGACUCGACAGGUGAGAUCGAGAUACCACGGGAUGAGCUUAUCUGGCCGGUCGAUCCUUCGGCAGGAAUCGACAUCUAUAGCGGCAUUGUCUUACCUAUGGAUUGGGAGAACUCAAGUUCUAGCUAUGCUUCGUCGGCUCUGGUACAUGCAGCUAUGUUUCAAACUUCCGGUCCAGGCGGGUAUGCUUCAUAGACUUCGUGAAAUGUGAAUAGAAUGUUCUGCAG